AUGCCUCUCUCGCCUGAGCAGAUCCAAAUCAUCAAGGCCACCGUGCCUGUGCUGCAAGAGCAUGGAACGACCAUCACCACGGUCUUCUAUAAGAACAUGCUCACAGCGCAUCCCGAGCUAAACAACGUCUUCAACUCGGCGCACCAAGCCACAGGCCACCAGCCCAAGGCGCUGGCCGGUUCGCUCUUCGCCUAUGCCUCCAACAUUGAUAACCUGGGCGCUCUUAGCCCCGCGGUGGAGCUCAUUUGCCACAAGCACGCCUCGCUGUACAUCAAGCCUGACGACUACAAGAUCGUCGGCAAGUUCCUCCUGGAAGCCAUGGGCCAGGUGCUGGGCGACGCGCUGACGCCGGAGAUCCUGGACGCCUGGGCGGCCGCGUACUGGCAGCUGGCGGACAUCAUGAUCGCGCGCGAGGACCAGCUGUACCAGGCCAGCGAGGGCUGGACGGAGUUCCGCGACUUCACGAUCGCGCAGAAGGUGGCCGAGUCGACCGAAAUCACCUCCUUCUACCUCAAGCCCGUGGACGGCAAGCCGCUGCCCGCCUUCCGCCCCGGCCAGUACAUCUCCGUGCAGGUGCACGUCCCUGAUCUCAACUCCGCGCAGGCGCGCCAGUACUCGCUCAGCGACAAGCCGCACGCCGACUACUACCGCAUCAGCGUCAAGAAGGAGACCGGGCUCAACCCGGCCCACCCGGGCUACGUCUCGAACCUGCUGCACGACUUCCACAAGGAAGGCGACACCAUCAAGGUCUCGCACCCCUACGGCGACUUCUUCCUGUCUGACGCCCAAGCGGCCUCCCCCGUGGUCCUCAUCUCUGCCGGCGUCGGCCUCACCCCGCUCACCUCCAUCCUGAACACCCUCACCGCGGACCCCGCUACCUCCCAGCGCAAGAUCCACUUCAUCCACGGCGCACGCACGUCGCAGGCCCGCGCCUUCAAGAAGCACGUCGACGCCCUCGCCCAGCAGCUGCCCAACCUCCAGUCGACCUUCUUCACCAGCAGCCCCGCGCAGGACGACAAGAAGGGCGAGGACUACCACCACGCUGGGCGGGUGGAUCUGAGCGUCUUCGCUGACGCGGACCUGUUCCUGGACAAUGCGGCCGCGGAGUACUACGUCUGCGGGCCGGAUCUGUUCAUGACGGAUAUGCUCAAGAACCUCACGGCGAAGGGAGUCAGCGAGGACCGCGUGAAGCUGGAGUUGUUUGGCACCGGUGGUGUGCCUCAUGCUUGA